CCUCCUCAAGUUCCAUACUCUCUUGUCUCUCCAUACAUAUCACUUUUUUUCAUUCUCGUUCUCACUUAUAGCUUUCUUCAAUGAAGAGAGAAAGAUCAUCGGAUCAUCAAGUCGUUGAUGACCGCAGCAUCGCCAUGGCCAACUACCUGAUGUUGCUUUCCGAAGCAGCUGCUUCCUUCGACUCCGCCACCGCCUUCUCCUCCUCCUCUUCUUCAUCCGCCUCCACACGUGUCUUCGUCUGCAAGACCUGCAACCGCCAGUUCUCGUCCUUCCAGGCGCUCGGCGGCCACCGCGCCAGCCACAGGAAGCCCAGGACAAUGAUGACCGGAGCCUCCGGUGAAGAUAGCAACAGCGACGAUGUUCUUCAUGCUUCGACGUCACUGGCUAAGCCUAAAACUCACGAGUGCUCCAUCUGUGGAUUGGAGUUCGCCAUAGGUCAGGCUUUGGGCGGUCACAUGAGGAGACACAGAGCUCCAACAUCUCAUAAUAACAAUAAGAACCCAUUAUCCUCAUCAAGUUUAGAGUUUGAUGAUUCGGAUUUGGAAUCGAAGAAGAAGAGCAAGAGGGUUCUGUUUCUGGACUUGAACUUGACGCCGCUUGAGAACGAUUUGGAGUUGUUAGGGAUAGGAAAAGCAACGCCUUUGGUAGUUACUCUUUAAUUAUCUCUUAUUCUUAUUCAUCUGAAUGUAUAUCAUAUAGGCAUUUCAGUAAUUAUUAGUUCCUUUUUAAUUUCUUUCUUUUAUGUGUGUACUGUUGUAAAUUUCUUCAUUUCUUCAUCUGGUUUAUGAGAUCGACCAUCCUGUUUUAUUUUGAAUAUCAGAUUUAGAUUCACACGA